AAAGUAGUGCUGAUCACGGGCUCGAGUUCGGGCAUCGGUGCCGCCACUGCCGCACUGUUUGCGUCGGCCGGCGCUCAGGUGGUCGUCACCGGACGUAAUGUGGAGAACAUCGCCGAAGUGGCCAAAGACUGCACCGAUCGGUCGCCCAAAGGGCUAAAAGCGCUAGAAGUGGUCGCAGACGUCUGUCAAGAAGAGGAUUGUCGGCGACUCAUUGACACCACGAUUGAGGCGUUUGGAAAACUGGAUAUAUUGGUGAACAAUGUGGGCGCCGCCCGACCGGCCAACGUAUACGACGACCAAUAUUUGGAUUCUUAUCGCUGGAAUUUGCAGACAAAUCUCGAUUCUGUCGUAUAUUUGACACAUUUUGCGGUCAAGUAUUUGGAGAAAACAAGAGGCGCUAUAAUUAACAUAUCGAGCGUCAAAUCCGCUCAAACGAGUCCUCAAAUGUCGGGCUAUUCCAUGGCUAAGGUUGCGGUCGAUAUGUUUACCCGAAGUGUGGCCGUGGAGUUGGCCGACAAAGGCAUUCGUGUCAAUUCAAUCAUUUGCGGAGCCGUUAAAACCAAUGGAUUGAUUCACAGCGGCCUAACACAGGAACAGUCAGAUGCGGUGUUCGCGACUCUGGGUUCGGCCACACCUCACGGCAAACCCGCCAAACCAUCGGAGAUCGCAAAUGCGGUCAUGUAUUUGUGCAGCGAUGAGGCCCAGUAUGUCAGGGGCUCUAACUUUGUGAUGGACGGCGGGUGGUUGGCCGCCAAUACAUGCUAUAAUCCCGCAUAAGUUGGCACUCAUUUACUUUAC